AUGGGAUUUACUGGUUCUGCGAUUUUCGUCAACAUUCGGACCCCAGAUCAUGCCGGUCAUGGUGCUGACCGAAGAAACCUAUCUAUAAGGGUGCCGCAUAAAUCUUCGGUUGCUCGUCUGCUGCAAUACACACACUGGAUGACGUUUCAGAAUUGUAGAGGCGACAUAGAACCUGUUCAACGGUUCUGUAUGAAAUUCAAGGGCCGUACACUGGAUCCUGAGGAACUAGUGAGAAAUAUUGAUCCGAGAAAUGAUCAGGUUCUCACGCUUAGUAUGGAACAUUGUGUGCAAUACACAGGAUCAGCUUUGAACUUGGACUACGACUCUACGCAGGACUUUAGCGUUACGAACUUGGAACUCGAGAUAAUUGGGCUUCCAAGCGGCGAAACUCUCACGCAUCUCAAACAGAGAGUGCCAUGGACUUCAACAUUGGCCCAAAUUCGAGAAACCGCGGCUUUAAUUUUGAGGAGCCAUCAAACCUCUGAUUCAAAUAAUACGAGCCCCGAUCAACAGCUUCCGGAACAAAACAUCAUUGGUAUCACGACAGAUGAUGGCAGCAGCUGCGAACGUAACUUUUUGGCUAUCGACAAUUCGAAUUGCAACAUGAAGUUGAGCGAUUUUCUGGGUGUAGAUUACGCACCCGAUGUCAAAAGCAACUACCGCUUAGUGCUUCAGGUUCAGCAAGAGUCGGCCCUGGAAGAUAACGUCACAAUAAGGUUCCUUUCUGAUGCUCAACUCACUAUGGACACAAUGACGAUUAACAACGAAACCAAGGUUCAGGAUUUGAAGGACUUUAUCUGCUCAGUUUAUGGUCACACGCUGCGGCUUGCGCGUGAAGAUAUCAAACUCAUAUAUAAGGGCCACCUGCUUCACGAAAACACUUUGUCGGGUGACCCAGCAAAAGCACUGGACUACCUCAAUGAGCGUGGAGAGGUCAAAAUUCAUGUUCAGAUUAACGAAGAGUACACUGAACCUGGACCAGGAUUUUGGAAUGAGCUUUUGAGCAGUAGAGAUCGCUUUUCGUUUAUGCCCAGGACGGUAAGAAACGAACGGGCGAUGCCUUCUUCUAUACCCUUACAAGAGCGCCAAGAUCUCAGGUUUUCUGAAGCAGAUGCCAUCUCUUCUUCAUCACCACAAGAGUUUUUCACGCAAACAGGAGCUGAAAUUCAACGUACAGGUCAGUUUUUUGAAAAAGUUUCUAUAUCAGGGCACGAAAGUUUUGUGCAGUCUGGCUUUUUUGAACCUACACAGACCUUUAUCGAACUAGAAGGCCAAAAGCUUCAGCUGUACCCAGAGGAAUUCGUGGAACUGCGAGGUGCGGUUUUAUUAUCACAUAGAGCACUACAAAGAAUCUCUAGCAAUUUCGGCAUUGAAAUACAGUAUUCUGAGGGUGCAGAAAGUGUUCCAGCCGCUGUGACUUCCAAUGCUUUUCAAAACAUACGUGCCACCGACCAACUUAACCCGGUAGGUAUUGAAGAGCUCGAGGAAGCGGGGAGAGUAGCGCGUUUGCGCCAAUGGAUCCAAACCAUCAUGAGGACAAUUUAUCUGAUACUAAGAAACUCGGUUUUUUUCUUUUUUGUGUUCUUCCAGUUUAUCUCUGUACUGAAAACCAGGCAUUUGAUUUUGGGGACAGUUCUGAUAAUAAUGAAGGCCAUAUGGAGUACACCCGAGAUUGGAGAGAUGUGGCGGGAGCUUUUAUCUGGCGAAGAGGAGAGUGAAAUCAGCGAUGAGGAGCUCGAACUUGUAACAAAGGCUUAUACAGAUCGUCAAUUGACAAGAGCUUUCUACCAUCGAUUUGCAUCCGCGGGGCCCGUGGUAGGCGCUUUGUGUCGGCAUUUGAGUGCAGACAAUCAGCUGAAAGUCAACUUGGCAAAUGAAUUCAAGCUAGAUCACACUGACGCAUCGAUACUCUUUUUAGCGAGGCUUUUGGAAGAAUGUACGUCUACGCAACAUGAUGAACUCGAUAUGUCGAAUCUGCAUGAGCUUUUCGAACCACUGGUGAAGGACGCUGUGGAGCACGCUCAAAACCCGUCUGUGUUAGAUGCGGCAAGCAAAGAAGUGCUGAAGGAGCUACGGAAAUUUGCGUACCAGAGGUCCAGUCUGCCGUGGCACAAGAACCUUUUCCGGUUGUUCUCUAGCAUGAUGGAUUACAUUUACAACGGUGGACUGAUCCGCAGACUGAUACCUGUGGCCGAACGCCGGGUGCGUGGCUGGCGACUCGUGCAACGUGCAGUAGGGGACGUCGUGAAACUAGCAGUGCUUUCAGUUCUGGUGUUGGUACCUCGAUUCCAACGGCAAGCUGUUUUGGAGGCCAGUCUGAUCUCUACAGCAAGAAGUCAUCAGGAUUGA